UCAUUUUUGCUACUUCACUUCUCUCUUUCAAUAUCAAAAUCAUUACUUCCCAUCGUUUUUCGUAGCGAAACUAUAAUGGCUGCCAAAGGAAAAACACUAGCUUCCGAUUCUGCUGCUUCCGGAAAGAAGUCACUAUCCCGUAGCCAAAAAGCCGGGCUCCAAUUUCCCAUUGGUCGUAUAGCCCGUUUUCUGAGAAACAGAAAGUAUGCCCAACAUAUCGGCACUGAAGCUACAGUUUUUCUUGCUGCUGUUCUUGAGUAUCUUGCUACCGAGGUACUUGAAAUAGCUGGAAACGUGGCGAGGGAUAACAAAAGGCUGAGGAUUAUUCCAAGGCACAUUCAAUUAACUGUAAGGCAUGACGAGGAAUUGAACACAUUACUUGAUGACGUGACGAUUUGUUCUAGCGGUGUUAUACCAAAAAAUCAUAACAAUCUGUUACGUAUACAGAAUGUCUGCUAGCUCUUCAAAGACGCCUGCUGGUGUUGCUGCUGCUGCUGCUGAUGAGAACGAGUAGAGUGAUGAUCUUGUUUGCUAGCUCUUCAAAGACGCCUGCUGGUGUUGCUGCUGCUGAUGACAAUGAUCUUGUAAACUACUUGCUUUGUUUCGUCUAGAUAAAAAAAAAUUAGGUCAUAGAAUUAUAUAGUUCUUAUAUUGAUAGAAAAUUUUAUGAUUGAAAAUUUGGCCAACCUUCGUAUAAAAGCUUUGAUUGUUGUUCCUGCGUCCUUCUAAGCAUAAAACUUAAUUUGAAAUUAU